AUGAAGGAAUCUCUCUCAUCCAGUCUGUCUUCCUCGGACUUGGGUAGUUCUGUGCCUGACAAUUUACUUACUGUGAGCUGCAGCCGAAAGAGCAGACUGAAGGGGAAGUCUAAAAGCUUAAAGGAAGAGAAUCAUGGAAAAUGUGGAGCUGUAAGUAAACUAAUGGAGAGCAUGGCAGCAGAAGAGGAUUUUGAGCCAAGUCAGGACAGUAGUUUUUCGGAAAAUGAAAAUUUUCCUAUGCCUUUGCAUCCUGAACGGCCAAUCACUCCU